CCGUUACUUUUGUUACACAAAGCAGGAUCGGCCCUUGGAUUUCUUGAUUCAAAGGAUAAUACAUCAAUUUUUUUUUUCUUUUCUUCCUCUCUUCACUUUAUUUUCUUUUUCUUUCUUUCAUGUAUUCACCUUAUCCUAAUAUCUUAUACGCGAAUACCGCCUUUUUCGACUCAUACAACAUUGAAUUUGAGAUUGACGAACCACUUGUAAAGGAUACCUUUUUCACUGGUGACUCCAUUCAAGGAAAUAUACGAUUACGACAUGCAGAAAGAUUACAAGAUACUUCUCGCUUAGAUAUUCAGUUAUCUUGUACUUUUCAAGGUGACAAUCAUACGAAAACCAAACUCUUUAAACUUUUGAUCUCUCCUUGUCUUUUUGUUACACCUUGUCAAGAUUGUAUUCCCUUCUCCAUUCCUAUACCCAAUGAGAUACCAUCGACUAUUAAAGAUAAGACAUUACCAGGAACAAUAACUUACAAGCUCAAAGUCAUACACGAAAUACCCAAACUUUCUUCCUCUCUUUAUCCCAAAAAAUCAAAAGAAAUCAUCAUUUUGGACCGAAUUGCUACCGAAGACUAUCAAUCACCAAUAUCAAGUGAAAAAGAACUCAAAAUCACGAUACCCAAAGAUCUUGUUGGAAAAAUCAAAUCAUCAAAAUGGAACAAAAAUGAGGAUACACCAGUACAAGCUCGUUUGUCUAUACCUACUUCUUGUUUUUUAUCAGGUCAAAAAAUUCCCUUGUCUUUAAACAUCCAACAUAUCGCACCAGUUAAACACAUGCAAGGAAUACAACUUCAGCUUGAACGUAUUACCAAUGUCAUCACAUCUACUGGGGAAAGAUCUUUGGACACUAUUAUACUGGCUAAAAUUGUAUUACCCUUGAUUUGCGAUCUCAAGGACUAUUCGUCUUCCGUCAACAGUCAUCUCAUUAUACCUCAAGAUACAUCACCUUCGCUACAAACUACCAAUUGUCCACUUCAAAUCACUUAUCGUAUUCGAGCAGCCAUCAAUGUAGAUUUAAAUAACUUAUUGGAUGAACCAGCAGCACCAUCAAGGAAAAGGGAUAUUGCAAAAGGAAUGGUGAACUCUUGGGGAAAAAAAAUCGGAUGGACUGAUGAAGGAACUGGAAUGGGAACAUUAUUUGAGAAUACAAUAGAUCUCGAGUUACCUAUCAUCAUCGGCACAACAACAACAACAACAACAACAACAACAACGCCUUUACGUUCAUCACCUUCAUCUAUUCAUUCAUUACCGAAUGGAAGUCAAAUAUCAAUCGCAUCAUCAUUAACAUCAUCGUCAUCAUCAAUACGACCAAAAUUACCAGCAAGACCAUUAUCACUGACAAGUCAAUCCAGCGCACCUGCACUUUUUCCAUCUUAUCAUCAAAACAAUAGUGUCCUUUCUAAUACUGGUGACAGCAAUCUUCAUUGGACAAAUCAUUUUAGGGCAAGAUCGUCGACUGAUCCAUCGGCUCCUGAACUGUGCGACAUUGAAUUAUCUGAUAGCAAAAAGGAAAAAUCAUAUCUCUACGAUUUGGAAAAACACACCUUGAAUAUGGCUUCUCAUCAUUCAUUUAGCUAG